GGUUAAGCUUUUCUGUAUCACCCAUUGUCUUUCUUAAAUCGUUACCAAAAGUUGUAUUUUGGAAUCAGUGUGGUGUCCAUUUGUGUUUAGUGUUUUUUUUUGGUGAUUUCCCUCCUUAUUUCUAGAUCUGUUUCCCAUGUCUACUCCUGCUGAAAUUAUUGCUGCCCGUAUUGCUGCCCAAGCCAAUAAGGCUUCCCAAGAGGAUUACAAUGAUUAUUCCGAUAGUGACGUUGACGAUGGUGUUUCAUCAUUGACAGCUUCCAUUCCUUCUUUGACCGAUGAGUCCGCUUUCCCCACAUUGGGAGGUGGCAAGAAACCCAAUACUACUGCUUCUGUAGGUGCUUCUUGGGGACUUGGAGGCAGUGCUACUGCUAGUAAGAGUCCUUCAAUUGGUUCCAACGGAAAGUUCAAGAGUUCGACUAUUCAAGAAGCUUUUUCUUUGGAUGCUGAUGACCAGUUGAAUAUGGAUAGACCUGAGUUUAUCAAAAUCUUGACAACUGUCAAAGCUGAGACUAAGACUAGUAUUGAAUGUACUACUUCUCAACAUACCAAAAGGAGAACCUUCUUGAUUACUGGUAAGCCAGAGGAUGUUAAGUUGGCCAAAAGAUUGGUUAUUAAGAAAUUGACAAAGCCUGUAUCUACCAGCUUUGAAGUUCCUGCCAAGUUGAGAGCUAAAAUUAUUGGCCCUCAAGGUAAAGUUUUGAGGCCCAUUAUUAGCGAAUCUGAAGUUAAGAUUGAGAUUGGAGCUGAAGAAACAUUUGUCGAUGGAGAUGCAUCGAACGACGAUAUCUUCAAUAAGGUCAUAACCAUUGUCAUUUAUGGUGAUACCGAAGGCUGCAAGUUGGCUAAGGGAAGAAUCCUAGAUAUAGUGAAGGACGAAACCAAGAACUUGUCCAUCAAGAUCUCAGUUGAUGAAACCGUCAAGCCUUUUGCUGCGAAAUUCUUGCAAGAUUUUAUUGAUGAACAAUUCAAGGAAUUGGAUAUUUUAGUUCCUGAGUUUAAAUCUUCAAAGAACGUCAUUACUAUCAUCGGUGAAAGAGAAUUGGCUUUGAGUGCCAAAGAUGAGAUCAACUCAAAAUUGGCACAAUUAGCCUCUAAGCUUGUCAUUGAAGAUGUUCCAAUUCCGAAGUUGAAGCACCAAUUCUUACCAAUUGACCAGAUAUUAGAGGAAGAAAAUGUCUUGAUUAAGUUGCUUGGAACUGGAGUUCAAUUUAUUGGUGAGAAGGCUAAAAUUCCUGUGGCCAAAGAGAAAGCCAGACAAACCACUUCACAAUAUAAAAUUGAAGUGUUGGAUAUGUCUAAGGCUCAUAAGGGUAACAUUCCUCACGUAAGUGCUGUAGCUGAAUUCUUGAAAGUUCAAGGAUUCUUCAACCAAGUUGGUCUCAAACACGGCGUUGUUGUCAACGCUCCCUCCAAGUCUGUUUUGGAUACUGCUACAAUAACUUCUAUUCCUAUUGAGUUUGUGGUCAACUCAGCUGAAGUUAGUGACGAAAAUAUCAAAGCUGCUAAAAAGGAAGUUGUUUCGACCGUGAACAAGUUGGCUCCAGAUUCCGUGAAAGUCAUCGAUGAUAUCGACAGCUUCUUGAUUUCUAAGGUCCCUUCUGCCAUCGAUAGCUUGGUUAAGGAGAAUAAUAUCACUUAUGUUAUUUUGAAUAACAGAAUCUCCUUGUUCACAAAUGACAGUUCUGUUCAAGACUCCGAAGACUUCGAGUUCGAAGACACUUCAAAGAUCAACGAAGCUUUCGAGUCUGUUGAUGCUGCAUUGAACUCUUUGAGAGAGUUAAAAUCCGACCUUGAGACAGUGGUGUUGGAAGUCCCUGGUUCAAUCCAAAAGUUCGUUUCUGGUCGUGGUAACACAACCUUAAAUGCCAUCAUUGGUGAGGUUGAGCCACAUUCAGUUGCUGUUAAGUUGAACUUUGAUGGAGAGAUCCAGUCCGAAGAUAAAUUGCAUAUUCAUGGUUUGAAAUCCCAAGUGGCCUCAGUCCAAAAAUCUAUUGAAAGAGUUAUUAAUGAUGCCAAAGAGUAUGGUGAUAAAUAUGUUUCCACUGUUUCCAUUCCAUCCACUACAUUGUCGAGAUUAAUUGGCAAAAAUGGUCAAUUCUUGAACUCCUUAGUAAACGAAUUUGGUGUGCGGAUCGAUGUUGCCGAAGAAGAGGACCAGAAAGAAAAUAAGAAGACUGAAAUUGCUCUUACUGGUAUCAAAAAAAAUGUUGAAUCUUGUCAGGCUAAGAUUGUAUCUUUGUCCAAGAAGUGGGCUGAUGAAACCCUUGUUAGAAUCAAGAUUGAAAGCCAAUACCACAGAAGAUUGAUUGGUGCCAACGGUAAAUUUAUCAACAGAUUACAAGACAAAUAUGGAGUUAGAAUAAGAUUCCCUAGUGCUAUCGAAUUGAGCUCAAACUCUCCUGAUGCUCCUAAAACCAAGGAUGAAGUUACUAUUAAAGGACCUUCAAAGGCUGUUGCUGGAGCUAAAGAUGAAUUGGAGGAAUUUUACAGGUUUGAAAAGGAAAAUGGAUUUGAACAGACCAUUGAAAUAUCAACUAAAGUUAUUCCAAGAGUCAUUGGUAAGUCUGGUGAAACCAUUAAUGAUAUAGCAGAUGCAACCGGAGUUGAAUAUCAAUUCAAAAGAGACAACGUUAAAGAAGAGGAAACGGGAGUGGUAGAAGUUAAAUUGACCGGUUCUAAAUCUGCCUUAAAAGAAGCCAUCAGUAGAAUUCAAAGCAUCGUUGAUGAAGCUGAAAACUUUGUUUCUAUUGAUGUGGAAGUUGACUCCAAGUAUCACAGAGAUAUUAUUGGUCAGAAUGGUUCCAAAAUGAGGGAAAUAAUCAGCAUUGCAGGAGGGGAUUCUUUACCUCCUUAUAAGUACCAUAAGUUGUUGAACCUUCCAAACGCUGGAAGUGGAUCAAACUUGGUUAACUCUCAAGGUCCCAAGGAAAUUGUCAACAAGAUUGUUUCUCAAUUAAACGAUCUAGUUGCAUUAAAGGAAGCUUCGGUUUUGAUUGAGGUUGAGGUUCCUAAAGAAAAACAAAGAUUUCUUGUUGGACCUUCUGGAUCCACUCGUCAAGCUUUAGAAAAAGAAUUUGGUGUUUCGAUUGAAGUGCCAAGACAAAAUGAUGACUCUGCUGUUGUGAAGGUAAGUGGUUUACCAGAGCAAAUUGAAGCUGCUAAGCUCAAGAUUCAGGAGUUGACCAAGGAUGACUGGAAUGAUUCCAUCGACAUCCCAGAAAACCUUCAUUGGUUUGUCAGUGAAGGAGGACAAGUGUUCAGGACCCUCAGAUCUAACUUUAAUGUUGAUGUUGGACAUGAUAACUUGACUAGAAAAGCAUCAAAAUUGUCUAAUGCCUCUUUCCCUAAGGUACCAGAAGAUUCUUUGCCUACAGAUGAUGAUAAGGUCAAAUUUAUUAUUCAAGAACGUGAAGUUGUUGAUGGUGCCAAUAUCAUUCCAUGGAGAUUGAAGGGUGAAAAGGAAAAUACUGUCAAAGCAUUGAAAUUUUUACAACACAGAUUACAGUUGGCUCAAGAAGCUGAUCAUUGUGCUUGGUUCUAUUCAUCAAAGCCAUCCAGCUUUUCUAAGGUGAUUGGUCCUGGUGGAUCCACCGUCAAGAAGAUUAGAGAAAAAUCAAAGUCUCAGAUCACUAUUCCAAGAGCAUCUGACCAAAACAGUAACUAUAUCUAUUUGGUAGGGAGCAAGGACAAUUUAGAAGUUGCUAAAGGUUUGAUUGAGACUUUGCUCUAGGUUUUAAUCGUUAAUUAUAUUCAAUUCACGUUUAUAUUUUUCAGU